UGUCAUUGUUGUAUUGCUGACAACGCGCGCGUCUAUUUUCCAGAGUAAUGAAAGUCGAGGGGCAAAAGCGGAAUCAGGAAGAAACAAAUCCGUGUUUAAAGGAGCAAGAACUUACGUACCAGUGUUUUACCAAGUAUAACUACGACAAGGACAAGUGCUUCUGGCCGAUCGAGAAUUAUAAGGCGUGCAAAACAUUUUGGAUGCUAUUCUUCUUUUAGUUUGAAGUUCGUGCUUGCAGGCGCCGCGAAGGGAAAUACCCCUUACUUCCGCCAGUCUCCGAACGAGAAAACAUCAAACGGGAAUAUCUGAAAAAAACUCAAUAGUUUUUAGUGGUAGUAGUAGUAAUUCCGCAGAUAUGGAUAGUGCAGUGUUUAAAGAGAACGAUUUUGUAUGGGCUAAAAUGGCAGGCUACAAUCACUGGCCAGCGAUAGUGAUGCGGCCUGAUCCGGAUGCCCCGAUAAAAACAAUCAAAGAAAUGCAGUGGAUUUACUUUUUGGGCACUCAUAAUUACGCCUGGAUCGAGGACAAAAACAUUAAACCAUACGAGGAAUUUAAGUUGCAAUACAAGAAGAAGAACACAGAAGCGGCAAUGGAAGAAAUGGACGACAUUAUUAAUAACAUGUCGAAAGAUCCCGAUUAUAAGAUUUCAUUUGCUAAAUAUAUCGCGCGCAAACCAAGCCCGAAGAAGCAGAAGAAGUCCUCUGGGUUGAACAGCAGCGGCACCCCAAAUGAUAGGAAAAGGUCGUUUCCCCUUAAGGAGAAAAAUACACCCGUGGUCAAGAAAAAGCAUCGAUCAUCUACUUCGAAUGAAAUCGAAGAUGCAAUUAAAACAAACAUCGCCGCUUCAAUAUCAGAAGCAACGUCGGGCAAUGCUGUAGGAACCCCGGGUUUGCUCACUGUUAACACGGUUAAUUUGGGCACUUCAAACAAGUUUUUCGGUUUUUUGGCCGGCAGUAUAUACUCUGAAGGUAUCCUGAAGAAUCUGAUCAAAUCCAAACACAAGCUGUACGUAUGGAGCAGGAGCUCAGCCUUAUUGGAAGAGCUACAAGAGUAUGCUGAUAGGCACCAAACAUUUUUUAAAACCUGCACCACUCCAAGACAGGUGGUGAAAACGGCAGAUAUAACGUUCAGCUGCUUGACCGAUCCCGACCAAGAAAAGAUCGUUCUGAAUCAAUUGGGCAUAACCGAUAAAUGCGAUGAUCUUCUGAAGGGCAAAGGGUUUGUUGAGAUGACCAGUAUGGAUCCUGAAACAUCGAAGGAUUUUCACGAUCUGAUCACAAAGAAGGGCGGCACAUAUCUAGAAGCUAUGUUACAAGGGAACAAGCAGGAGGCUAACAAAGGAGAAGUUAUAGUGUUGGCAGCUGGACUACAGCCCCUGUUCGUCGAUUGUCAGUCGUGUUUUAAAGCUAUUAGCAAGGCUUCGUUUUUGCUGGGGAAAAUCGGAUCAGCCACCAAAAUCCACAUGAUUUUUCAGAUGAUGAGGGGCAUAUUCCUGGCAUCUCUGGUAGAAGGAUUCGUCAUGGCCGAUCGGUGCAGCAUCAAACUAGAGGCGUUCAAUAACAUCUUCAAAAUGACCCACAUGUCCAGCGAUUACCUGGAGCAUAAAUCCAACACGAUAGUAUCUAAAAAGUUCACCUCAGCCCAAGAUACUGAAGAACCAAUCGAGCAACUUCAAACGGACAUGACUCUCGCUUUGGAAAUGUCCACCAGAUUCAGACAGCCCAUGCCUCUGGCGUCGAACGUGAAUGAAAUCUUGAAAAAUGCCCGCAAAUUGGGUUGCGACAAUCACGACUCUGCGUGCAUAUAUCGUACAAGAUUUUAAGUCACUUCAAGUCCCUUCUAGAUGCAUUAUUAUAAGAGUGUUUCCCUAUUUGCGUUGAUACUUUUUUAGAACUUUUAAAUUGUUUCUGUAAAGUAUGAUAGUCAAAUUAUAAAGCUGUUUAUUGGAUUUGGUCUGAAAUUGGUUUAUAACAACUUAAAUAAUUUUACAAGGA